CACAUCUGGUUCCUGUGAUCUUUAUCCUGAAUGGCUCGUCCAUACAUCAGGACAAAAGCAAGAAUGGAUUUCCUCGUCAACUGAUAUGAUCACAGCGACUGAAGAGGAAGGAGGAAGAAAGGUCACCAAAUUGAAGCUCAAGGUGACAUGGAAGGAUGACAACCGGACUCUGUCUUGUCGUCCAGCGAAUAGUGAGGACAGCUGCCAGAUGAGGAACUUCACACUGUCUGUGGAAUAUGCACCUAAAGAGACAAAGGCAACCGUGAGCUCUGAAGAUGUAAAGGAGGGAGAUUCUGUGACUCUCUCCUGCAGCAGCGCAGGUGGCCCUGAUGUCAGCUUCACGUGGUUCAAAAAAGAGAAAACAGAAAAAGCUCAACAAAUGUCUAACUUGACACUAAUUAGUGUGAAACCAGAAGACAGUGGAGAAUAUUACUGUGAAGCUAAAAACAAGCAUGGAGCAAAAGAAUCAAAUAUCAUUAAAAUUGAUGUGAAGUAUGGUCCACAAGGUGUCACAGUGCAAUCUCUGGUCAACCUUGGAGAUCUCAAAGAGGGAGACAAACUGACACUCAAGUGUUCAGUCCAGAAAAGUAACCCAACAGUCGAUCAGUUUACGUGGUACAAAAAUUCCCAAGUCCAGAGUGAAACCAGCGAGACAUUCAUCAUCCGUAACGUUACUGCAGAGGACAAAGGAUCUUACCAUUGCCAGGCUGAUAAUGGGAUAAACACAGCAAAAUCAGAUAAUCUCAGUGUUUCUGUAAAGUAUUCACCAAGAAACAUCAACAUAGAGGGCGUGACCUCUGUAAAAGUGGGCCCUCCAUUGACUUUGACGUGCUCAGCUGAUGCUAACCCUCUUCCACACAUGUACACAUGGAAGCACAAACCUGCACUGACUUCUGUCCCAUUACCAAUAAAAACUGGACAGUUAAACAUUGAGAACGUGACAAUUCAACAUGCAGGGCAGUAUACAUGUGAUGUUACCAACACUAUUGGCACAAGAUCAAACACAAUUAAAGUUGAUGUGCUUUAUCCUCCAUUUAAUCUCAGUUUGAUCAUGAAGGAGGAAGUGAGAGAGUUUGAAGUGAUGUCCAUUAUCUGCACGGUUCAAAGCUUUCCUCACUCACACCUCACAGUGACAGGACCUCAGGGUGAUCUGAGAUAUAUUCAGAACAAUCGAAGGAACAGCACUGCAUCUGCAAACACGUUGACUGUCUUCAUGAAUGUCUCUGAGUCAGAUGCAGGAAUGUACACAUGCAAAGCAAAAAAUUCAGAGGGACAUUCAGAAACUAUACAAGAGGUUAUUGUGUUGCAUGCACCUAAAAAUGUGAGUGUAAGUUCUAAAGGAGAACAGAGAUUUGGGAGUGAGCUAACCCUUACAUGUAAUGCUCACUCCAAACCUGCUCCAUCCUCAUAUGAGUGGAAGAAACGCUUCAAUGGAGCGAUAAAUACAGUCGGACAUAAACAGGAACUACAAUUUAACUCUCUGGAAAUCACUGAUUCUGGUCUGUACAUCUGUAUUGCUCAUAAUUCCAUUGGAAUAACAGAAUCCCCAUCUGUAGAGAUCAAGGUCAAGUAUGCUCCAAACAUAAAUAUUGUCCAUAACAUGACAACUUCAACUCAGUGGAACUGGGAGAUUCCAGUUCAUCUGACCUGCAGUGCAGAUGCGUAUCCUCCCGCCACUGACUACAAAUGGUACAGAGAGGACAACACCACAGUACUAUCAUACCAGCAGAACUUCACUGUUUGGCCUGAGAACCCAGGAAUGUAUUACUGUACAGCAGACAAUGUUAUCGGAAAAUCACGAUCCAAAAGCAUCAUGUUAUUUAUCGGCAAUCCUCCAUUUAAUCUCAGUUUGAUCAUGAAGAAGGAAGUGAGAGAGUUUGAAGUGAUCUCCAUUAUCUGCACGGUUCAAAGCUUUCCUCACUCACACCUCACAGUGACAGGACCUCAGGGUGAUCUGAGAUAUAUUCAGAACAAUCAAAGGAACAACACUGCAUCUGCAAACAUGUUGACUGUCUUCAUGAAUGUCUCUGAGUCAGAUGCAGGAAUGUACACAUGCAGAGCAGAACAUUCAGAGGGAGAUCCAGAAAUUAUACAAGAGCUAAUUGUGUUGUAUGCACCUAAAAAUGUGAGUGUAAGUUCUAAAGGAGAACAGAGAUUUGGGAGUGAGCUGACCCUUACAUGUAAUGCUCACUCCAAACCUGCUCCAUCCUCAUAUGAGUGGAAGAAACACUUCAAUGGGACGAUAAAUACAGUCGGACAUAAACAGGAACUACAAUUUAACUCUCUGGAAAUCACUGAUUCUGGUCUGUACAUCUGUAUUGCUCAUAAUUCCAUUGGAAUAACAGAAUCCCCAUCUGUAGAGAUCAAGGUCAAGUAUGCUCCAAACAUAAAUAUUGUCCAUAACAUGACAACUUCAACUCAGUGGAACUGGGAGAUUCCAGUUCAUCUGACCUGCAGUGCAGAUGCGUAUCCUCCCGCCACUGACUACAAAUGGUACAGA